AUCUUAUUAAGGAGCAAGCAUUACUGAGCUUGUCUGAGGCAGGGAAGAAGGAGAGGACCUGAAAAAGGCCAGACAGGGCGUGGUGUUUUGCGUUACUACAGCGAGGAACGUAGCGUGGACCUUGCAUUAACAUCACAACAGAGAGAGAGAGCGAGAGAGAGAGAGAGACAGAGAGAAGGACAGAGUCCAUCGAAGACACCACUGGACCACGCGGGACCAGACUGGCCCAUUAAGGAGAGAGGGAGAGAGCGGGACGCAGAGGAAGUGGCACGUCCGCACCUGGCCUGGCCUAAACACGGAGGAAAACAGCGUUGGACAGUUCCAGCAGUAGCGACAUCUUGGACGUCAUUCUGCACAAUGUCUAAACAGCCAUCAUCAAACGUCAAAGCCCUGCAGGCCAACCUCAAUAUUCCGAUGGGAGCUUUGCGUCCGGGGGCGGGGCAUCCUGUGAAGAGGAGAGAGGAGACAGUGGACGCAGAGGAGCCACCAGCGCCGACGACCCCAGAGGAGAAGAAGCACCUGCCCGGCGCUGUGAAACUGCCCGGCCCCGCCGUCAACCUCUCUGAGAUCCAGAACGUGAAGAGUGAGCUCAGAUGGGUCACCAAAGAUUAGACACACACAGGGAGGAUCCAGCUCUACCUGUUCAGUUUCCAGUUCUUUACAAUCUACAUCAACUAAGAUUUAGUUCUGCAAGUUCUGCAAACCUGGACUCCAGAAACUUCACCUCCAAAAUCUCCAACUGCUGCAACCGAUAGGCCCACCAGACAAUGCAAGCAGUGUAAUCCUGCAAAAAACUGUCCAACUGGCUCCAGCAUUACAGUGAAAAUCCACAAAACACACACGGCGGACUUUAACCAAACGACAGAUUACGACUGUACACGGACUGAUGGCGAGUGAGCAGUUGGGCCUUAGACCAGGCUUUGAUCUCUGUCUGAUGUAGGUCAUCCUCAAGACGCCUAAUGAAACCUGUAAUCUGUUCUCCAUUACGUUUCCUCUCAGAGUCUGAUUUUCACAGCAGAAAUCUCAUUGCUGUCGUGUGUGGAGUCACAUAUUUGAAUUUCUUUCAUAGAUGCCGAAUCACAGCUGUUUAUGCAAGCGUGCUGAAUUCCACAGUUCAACAUGAUGAUGGGUCUGUGCAGAUGAUCUAGUCUCACCAUUUUCUUCCUGAACAAAUGUGAGGCAGUGUGUUUUUUUUUUUUCCUUCUCCGCUUCAUGGCUUUUUCCUUAAAUCACUCCAUUUUGUCGCCUUUCUCUGCCUUUGUUCUGCAUGCUGCAUUGAGAGAGUGUGGGCUGACACGUAAUAAAAUCAUUUCUCAUGCUCAGUGUAGGAGGGUGAAGCGAUCGCUUGCUGUCUUUGAGCAAACAGGACGGAUUUCAAACACUUUGCUACCGUUUUAUUAGCUCUUAAAUAUGACAUUUGCAAAGAAUUGGUGAAUGAUUUAAAAUCCCUCUUCUAGCACAGCGAAGGCAGAGAUGAGUCGCAGCAGCAUAGCGUGUGAAAGUGUCCUUAUAUGACAUUAUUGCGUUCUUCCUUAGACCAGAGUUUGAGUUGGUUUAGAUUGAGGGUUAAAGCUAGGCCUACGAGACACCAUGUAUGAAAGAUCAUACAGACCUUGGUCAUUAAUAAAAUAUUACGCUACAAAUUGA